GUUCUCGCCAACGCUUUCCCGCUCUCAGAGCGUCUAUUUCAGCAGCUUCCUCUUGCAAAGCUCCCAAUUGUUUCUUUACUAUGGGUAGUGUCCAAUCCACUAUACCACGAUGUUUCUGAUGCCGAAGGUUUUGUUACGUUUACGUUGUAACCGUUUAAUCUGUUUGUUUCUCCAAUUGACUGUCUCCAAUUGAAAUGAUUUGGUAAACAGUUUGACUUCAGCUUUAAUCCAGUCCAAUUUCUCUGAGCAGUGUAAUGUUUCUCUGUUCUGGAGUUGCAGAACUAGUGUAUCCAAGAAAGCAGCUAAUUGUUGUCUAAACUCUUUCUUUUUCGCUAAGUUUGGAUUUGCCUUCCAUGCACCUAGGCCUCUAGUGCUUGUAGCGAAUUACAAAGAAAAAAUAAUAUCAGAAUAUGUAAUCA